AUGACAUCACAUCACCCCACACACACAACAACAAAGAUGCCACAAUCCCCCAUGUUGGAAGCUGAGAAACACAAAUACAAGCAAUUCCGCCCGCCGGUGCUGCAGCUCAACGAUGAUACGCCAGAACGCCCUGGCUCGGCCGGAUCCAACUCCGUCGAGGCGCCCCUGCCAUCUCCCCGAGCGGCACUUAUCAGUGGUCUGAAAAACGCCACCGACCGGCGACAGCAGCAGAUGCAGCAGCAGCAGCAGUUGCAGCACAACUACACUGUGGGUCCUCAGGGCCAGCGGAUCUGGUCGCCGUUCCAGGAGUACCCCGGCAUCCAGCGGGUGGGCUCGCCGUCGAAAACAGGCGUGCCGUAUGGAGGAUACAGCGGAGCCGGCUACCCCGGCGGCUCCGGGUCAGGAUACAACUCGCCCAUCCGUGUGGGAUCGCCCCGCUCCCCAAUGUUUGAGGGCGCGUCGUUGGCGUCGCAAGACCCCAACAUGGACGGCCGCACGUCGCCGUCGCCCCAGAGCAUGUACGCCCACUUGCAGGCCAAGCAGCGGGAGUUGCAGGUGACGUCGCUUCUGAUUUCGCAGCAGCAGGAGCGGAUCCAGAUGGCGCUCAACGAGGCCAUCCAGGAGGGCCAGCAGCAGCCCGCACAACCCCAGGUCGCUGGAGCACCGGGCUCGGCGCCGGGGGGACACAAAUUCACACCCACCACGCUGCCGGCCCACCACUCGCAGCAUCAGUGGCUGCACGAGCAGCUGCUGGCGUCGCCUCUGGAUGAUUCUUACAGUCAUCAGCACGCUGGUCCACCUCAUGGGGGCCAUGGAUUCAAUGCUCCUAGCGGGUUGGGCUACGGGUUGGGUCCGGGUCGGCCCGCUUCUCCUUCACGGAUCCAGAGGCCAUCGUCGGCCAACUUUCUGGCCCAUCCCACGCCCGUCACGGCCCAAAAUAACCCCUACAUGCAGCACUCGUACUCUCAUUCGCAUUCCAAUAGUACCAGCAUGGUGGGGUUGGCUCCCGGCAGCCCCGUAGGCACCGCCGGAGCUUUGCAUGGAGGGCAUGCGAGUCAGCAUUCUCGAGGGACAGGCCCCGGAGGAUCGCCCGAGGGACCCGCUGGGUCGUCUUCGGUGGGCACCCCCGAAACGCCUUUCCGAAGAGGACACAGAAAGGCGUCUUCGCUGUCCACCAACGUAUUUACGUCUCCUAAUAAGGAUGGUCGACAGCCUCAGUCGCGGGAUGGCGAUCUUAUGUUUCCUGUGCGCCAGCCCUCGGGACCUCCACCCGUUGACGAACUUCACACCCGAGAUGUUAAUUUCGACCAAAGCAAGGUCGCCGAGAUUUUACGGACCUAG